AUGAAACAGGCCAAACACAGGCCUGUCCAGGCCACACACCACAAGGCCCCUGCUCUCGACCUCUCCACAGUCGCUACAACCGCCCCUCCAGAAAACCCAUCAAUUCAUCCCCCAACACGGAUCUUUGGUCUCGUCGAAGCGCCUUGCUUCUAUCCAACAGCGGAGCAGUUUACCGAGCCUCUCAAAUACAUCGAAAGCAUCCGACCCGAGGCCGAGAAGGCUGGCAUCUGCAAAAUCAUCCCACCCGUUGGAUGGAAACCAACAUUUGCCCUUGAUAGCGAGGUCUUUCGCUUCAAGACCAGGAUUCAAAAACUCAACAGCAUGGAGGGCGAAACGAGGACUAACUUGAACUAUCUGGAACAACUCUACAAAUUUCACAGCCAGCAAGGCCAACCAGUCUUGAAGAUCCCGCAGCUCGAUAAGCGUCCGAUCGACUUGUUUCGCCUCAAGAAGGAGGUUACUGCCCGAGGAGGAUAUCAGAAGGUCACAUCUGGGAAAAAAUGGGCCGAGAUCGGACGAGGCCUCGACUACACCAGGAAACAAUGCACAUCACUUUCCAACGCUCUCAAAUCGGCAUACAUCAAAGUCAUCCUUCCAUACGAGAUUUAUCUUUCAAAACAAGCAAAGCUCGCUCCCGAACCACCAGCGCAGGACGCCAAAAAGGAACCAGUCGACACCUCUUCCAACGGCAAACGUGCAAGUCCCAGUAUACCUCCAACAACCAACCUCGGCCCGGAAACUCGAAAGUCGAAGCGCAUCAAGAAAGAUCCCGUCUCUUAUGCAGGCAAGUCUCUCGCCCAGGUCCAGAUAGGCUUUUUGCUGUGA